UCAUUGACAAAAGAUGGGAUGUUCAAUUGCAUCGGCCUUUACAUGCAGCUGCGCAUUUUCUUAACCCAGAAUUCUUUUAUCCAAAAGCGUUAGAGGUGCAAAGAGAUCAUGAAGUGAUGAAUGGGUUUUAUGAAUGCAUGCAAAGGUUGGUCCCGGAUGUCACUGUUCAAGAUUUGAUCACUAAUGAGAUGAGUAUUUAUAUGAAGGCUGAGAGUCUUUUUGGCAAGCCUGUUGCGAUUAGGCAAAGAAAUACAAGAGCACCAGCUGAUUGGUGGGCAUCAUAUCGUUCUUAUACUCCAAACUUGCAAACUUUUGCCAUAAAAGUCCUUAGCCUAACAUGUAGUUCAUCGGGUUGUGAACGAAAUUGGAGUGUAUUCGAACAUGUUCAUAGCAAGAAAAGAAAUAGAUUGGAACAACGUCUCAAUGAUUUAGUGUAUGUCAAAUACAAUAGAACAUUGAGAUUUAGGUAUGACAUGCGCAACACUCUUGAUCCCAUAUCUUUGCAAAAUAUUGAUGAAAGCAAUGAGUGGUUGCUUGGGAGGAUGGAUGGAGAAUCAGAUGAAGAUAAUGAGCCUGUGUUUGAUGAUGGCUUGACGUGGGCCACUGUUGCUAGAGCUUCUGGAGUAGAAGAAAGUAUCCAUGCAAGUAGAGCAACAAGUUCACGCUCAAAGGCACAACCGAGGAUAUCUAAAUCAUCAAUAUUGACUCCACUUCAAUUAAUAGAUGAAGAGGAAGCGGGCUCAGAUGACACAGAGGAGGAAGAUGUUGAGAGAUACAAAUCAACUGAUGGAGAAGAAGAUGAUAGUUUGCUUGCCAUUGAUGUUGAGGAUGAUGAUUGACUGACACCGACCUAACCUACCCUUUCUUUUGAUAUUGAUGUUUUUAAGUGUUAAGACAUAUAUUAGUAUUUGUUGGAUAUUUAUGUUUUGGAUGUUUAGUGUUUAUGUUUUUAUUUUAUUGAA